AAUAUGAGUAAACAAGUAUAACGCUAGUUUCCAAAACACGGAAACGCAUGUCUCUCGAACGGACGUUCGAAUUGGACCUCCUCGAUCGUUCACAUCCGGUUCGAUUCCGCGCGAACGAAGGGAAUGACAGAAUGACAGACGGAUUGAGGUGAAAAACGAAGAGAAGGUGCAGAGAUUCAGUUUCGGUGAAUUCAGGGCGGAUUUGUCGCGGUGAGUUAGUUCGGCAGAGACAGCGAGGAAAAGAGGAGGCCGGACGAGUCCCCGGAUCGAGAAUCUCGCAAAAGAUGGCAAGCCGCGACGAGUUGGUCUCGCAAUUCGCGGACGUGACUGGCGUCGAAACCGAGAGAGCGCUAUUUUACCUCGAGUCAUCCGCCUGGCAGCUCGAGGUUGCCCUCGCUAGCUUCUAUGAAAAUGACGAGUUACCUGGAUUAGUGGCCGAGGCUAUCGAUAAUACGCAACAGGAGGAAGAGGAGUUACAAGAUAGAACGGACACAAUGUCGAACAAGAAUGUGAAAUCCGAUUCGACAGAAUCAAAGGGUGCUAAACCGAAACCUAGAUUUGGAACAUUGAAUGAUCUUCAGAACAAAGACAGCAGUUCCGAUGAAGAGGAGGGACAAGCAUUUUAUGCUGGAGGUUCUGAACACAGUGGACAGCAAGUCUUAGGACCAGGAAAGAAGAAAGAUAUUAUCAGUGACAUGUUCAAAUCCUGUCAGGAACAAUCAAUUGGACCUGUCGAGCCCCCAAAAAUGGGAGGUCAACAGAGGCCAAACACAUUCAGCGGCACAGGAUAUAAAUUAGGUCAAACUAGUUCUGAUAGUGAAGUGGUGAUGGGAGCAAGCGCAGAUCAACAAUCUUCAAACGGUCUUAUUAUAUUGAAAUUAUGGAAGGAUGGAUUCACAAUAAACGAUAGCGAGAUUCGAUCCUAUGACGAAUCUGAGAAUAGAGAGUUUCUAGCUGCUAUUAAACGAGGUGAAAUCCCAGCAGAGAUUCGCCAACAGGUGCAAGGUGCGGAAGUACGUCUUGAUAUGGAGGAUCAUCGUCAUGAGAGUUACGUUCCAUCGAAAACUAAAGUGAAAGCCUUCUCUGGAAAGGGACACAUGCUAGGAAGUCCAUCGCCAGCCACUGUAGGUAUGACAGUUCCAACAGAUCCUGCUGAUCAAGCUGCUAAUGAGACGCAAGCGAAAAAAGAAUUGAAUGUAGAUAUUUCAAAGUCAACGACAACGUUACAAAUUCGUCUCGCGGACGGCAGUACUGUGAAGGCUCAAUUUAACUUGUCACAUACAGUCGCCGACCUUAGACGAUAUAUAAUAACGUUGAGACCUCAGUAUGCUCUAAGGGAUUUCAGUUUGUUAACUGUGUAUCCAACGAAAGAACUUGCAGAGGAUAAAACGAUUGAGGAGGCUGGUUUGCAAAAUUCGGCUAUAAUGCAACGACUGAAGUAAAUUUUUUCUAAGUUUUUAGAUUGAGAGAUGUAUAACAAUUAGAUAUAUACCAAAUAUAUGUUAAUUGCUUAAAAAUAAA